GGGGCCGAGUUGCUAGCAGCGCGUCGCACGGAGCAGUCGGGGGUGGCAGCGCGAGGCAGCUGGGGGAGGGGGAUUUGCGCUCCCGAGACGCCGGCAUCCCCAGCCCAGCCUGACCAUGAAAGCCAUCAGCCCGGUGCGGUCCGUCAGGAGCUGCUACGAAGCGGUGUGCUGCCUGUCGGACCAGAGCCUGGCCAUCGCCCGGGGCAGCCACAACAAGAGCCCGGCUCUGGAGGAGCCCAUGAGCCUGCUGUACGAUAUGAACGAUUGCUACUCCAAGCUGCGCGAGCUGGUGCCGGGCAUCCCGCAGGGCAGCAAGCUGAGCCAGGUGGAAAUCCUGCAGCACGUCAUCGACUACAUCUUCGACCUGCAGAUCGUGCUGGAGGAGCAGGCGAAGGGCCAGGACUCGUCCUCCGACACCUCCCUCCUCUCCCGCAAGGCCGCUGAAUUCGCCUCCGAACUGUGCUCGAAAGACGAGAGGCGCUUGUGCCAUUAAUGUCUCCUCCCCACCAGACUGCAGGUGUGGGAUCACAACACUUGGUUUUCUCCAAGGAAGAAAAGAGCAGAGAGACCUUGACUUGAAAAGGAUCAGACUUUAACCCCAUGCAUUCCAAUAAUGGAGGGACCUCAGCCUUUAUCUUCAAGAUAUUGUGUCUGGAGCAUAUGGCACAAGGCAUUGGAUGCUUGGUUGGUUUUUUAGUAACUGUUUCCACUUCCCACUCUGCUUCUCUUGCCUGAAAAUAAAACUCAACAGGCCAGGAAAGAAGACUUGAUUCCGCCCCUCCAUCCCCCAACUAAGUGGAUCUGAUUGAACAUUUGAAUUUAACCGCCUCAUUGCACAAGAGCAAGAAAAACUGGGGACUUCAGACUUAUCUGCACUGUAAGAUCUGUGUUAGCAAAAUCCCGUGUGUUAGGCUGGUUCCCCAGUCAUUAUAUAGAUCUCUUUAAAAAUGUGGCUGGCUAUAAAUGAGACCACAACAUGCUUUUAAAACAGACUUGCAGAGAUGCAGUUGUAUGUAUAUUUUGGAUUAUAGUGUGACUUUUUUUUUUUU